AGCUAUCCCAUAAUUCACGACCACGUGAAUCGACACAUGUUGUGGUGAUCUGUUGUUGUGUUCAGUCAUAUCAAGAUAGUAAUCAAGCCACAGACAGAAAUGUUCAGAAACGUCGUGUCGCAGCUCAUUCCAACCCUACAGAGAGAGUUCUGCACAUCGGCUACGUUACGACAAACCUAUGAGAAAUGUAUAAAUCAGGUAACACUACUUGGAAGAGUAGGUGCAGAUCCAAUGCUGCGAGGAACUGAACAGCACCCAGUUGUAAUAUUCUCCAUGGCAACAAACAUGGUGUACACAGAUGCCAAUCAAGAGCGGACACAGAAGGCAGAGUGGCAUCGCAUCAGUAUAUUUAAGCCCACUCUCAGAGAACCAAUGAUGAAUUACCUGAAGAAAGGCAUGCGUGUUCACGUCAGCGGUCGGCUGAGUUACGGAAUGAUCACAGACGCGAGCGGCGUACAGAGGAGUACAACCAGCAUCGUUGCCGAUGAUGUCAUAUUCCUGAGCAGUUCACGUGACAGUGGGCAAGAUUUGGCAGCGAGCACCGACGAACCAUUAUAGAACUCGAUGCAUGUUUUCUUGGCAUUCCUUGUCUUAAGUUGGUAUAUAUUCAACCAGUGUCAUAGUGUAGAUUGGACUGUAGCAGCAACAUAUGCUGUUUAGUGUGCCUUGUUUUGGCUGAAUGCCUGUCGUUAAAACGGGUAUGGCUAUCGUGUGAGAAAGUUGUCAUGAGCGCUACCAUGAACGUAUCUGUAUGAGUAUGUUCACGUUUUUGGUGCUACAGCAACCUAAAAUAUUGGCCCAGAAUCGUGUUUUACAGUUAAGGUGUUUAUGAAGGAUAGAGUAUUGUGGCCAAUUUUAGCAUUCCUUCAGUCAUGGGAACCAUGCAGAUAAAUUUCAUUGUGGAUAUCAUGUUGUCUUUUAUAUACGAAAGUUUACAGCAAUCGUCGAAGAGAUAAAUAAAUGUAAACGUCCAAGUAGUUCACGUGAUGUUAAUUGUCAAAGGAUCCUAAAUAAAACGAUAGUUUCAUUUGUAUAAAA